AAUAUCAAGGCGGGUUUAAUUACUCUGAAACGUGUUGAAGGAGCUAUCGACUAUCUCUCUUGGAAGACAAUUCAAGAACAAAAUAAAUCGACGAAUAGACUAGAUGAUAUAAUUGAGCUUACUGACAAGGGUUGUGAACGAGUGGCAAAAAUUAAGCAAAAUACAGCAUCAGACUUAACA